AUGGCUGUGCUUGGACCCAUUUUCCCCAUUGCCUCUCCCAGCUUGCUCAACUUUGCACUCUGAUGCAGGGUCUUCUGGUUUGCUGGGUGCUGUGUUUAUGGAGGGGGGGGGCAUGAGCAAGGAGGCACCCUGAUCUUUUUCUAAUGAUAUUUUACCUGCAUGAGGCAAUAAUGAAAAUAAGGGAGUAAGUUUUUGAUUGUGUUUGCAAAAGAUUAGUAGACUCAGAAUGGGUUGAAAUCAAAGUAUAAAACAUGACAAAAAUAUAGUGCAUGAGUAUUAACAAAAAACAAUAGCAAUCAGAAGUUGGGAACAAAGCUACUUUCAAUCAAAUUAGAAAUGAGUACAUUUUUUUCUAUGUUACAAAAUAAGAUUAACAGCAACUAAAACAAACUUGUCUACCUAGUUUAACAUGACUGGACUUUAAAACUGAAUAAACUUCAAAGCUUGUCACAUAGCAGCACCCAUUUUAUACCGGUUACAUGAAAAGCUCAGAAUAAGAACCAGGAUACUACUUGACUUAGGGGUCAUGGUCAGUGUCUCCCAACAAGCCAGGUUACACACACACACACACACACACACACACACACACACACACACACCGGAAAUAAGCCAACCAAAAAGAACCAAAUUAAUUGUGAAAUGCAGAAAAAGCAGAUUUAUUUAAUAUGACUAUAUAGGGAGACAAAAAGAGACAGUCCCCCUUCCUAACUCCAUCUUCGGGAUUCUGAUAAGACAUAUCCAUAGCUAAUCAGUCCAGGCAUGGUGUGGCCCCUUAUCCACCAUGAUAUUUAGCCCCUAGUCUCUUCAGAAAUGGUAGCCUACCUAGCUUGUAAAUGACUCUCCUGGAAACAAAUUCCUCCACUGGGUGCCUCCAGCCAUCAAAUAUUUCUUCUCCAGGGAGAAGGUUAUUGGGGAAAUUCUAAGUUCUUGAGGUCCAUUCUUUAAAUAGUCUGAUAAUCAAGUAGGGAAGCAGAUUCAUGGUUGGGUAGAGCUAGAGCCACUGGAAAAGCUAAAAGAACAGGGCUUCCAUCUGUAAAUACUCUCCUCUAAAUGCAAUUUCAAUGUGAUUCUAAGAUUACACUACGGACCACUGAGCCACGUAUUUAAAAUCAUAAAAGAGUAUGGUAACUCACUGAUGUUCGCAGCAUUCAUAUGAAAAAAACACUGAACUGUGAUAGAAAAAAAAAUGUGACCCAACCCUUAUGUCUUUACUCAAGACUUUUUAUGAAGGAGAGAGAGUGAGAGAUCUUACUGUCCAGGGUGCUCCAAGUACAUAACACAUUCAAGGUCACUGAGAAUCAGGGGUCAUUCCCGACCUUCACAUCUGCCUCCCUGUUUUGGCACUUGCCAUCCAUCCAGAGGCUGUGACCGCCCCAUGUCUAUUUGCUUUGGUGGGUACAAGUUAUACAUUAACUAAUUGAGUAUUACUCUUUCUAUGGCUGCAAGAGCUGAACUAUCACCAUUCGAAAGGAAGCUCUGAACUUAACCAAGAUGUCUGUGAAAAUGACAGCAGCCCUGCUCCUGCUCCUGCUACAGCUGAGUGUCUUCUUUGAAUCUGGCAACAGUGGGAAGGUGCUGGUGUGGCCAAUGGAAUUCAGCCACUGGCUCAACUUAAAGACAAUCCUGGAUGAGCUUGUGAAAAAGGGUCAUGAAGUGACUGUUCUGAUACCUCUUAUCAGUUCUCAGUACCUUCUGAUACUUUCUUACAAGGCUGAAAACACAUCUGCUAUUGAGUUUGAGACUUUUCCUCAGUCAUAUCCCAUGGCUGAUAUAGAGAAAUUUUUUCUGGAAUCCAUCAAUAAAUACCUUUAUGAGCUGCCAAAGCAAUCAUUUUGGGGAUACUUUCCAAUGCUGCUUGAACUUACUUUGGCUGAGUCAGAAUAUUCUGAAAGUCUCUGCAAAGAUGUAGUUUUUAACAAGGAAUUCAUGACAAAACUACAGAAUUCAAGCUUUGAUGUCGUCCUAGCAGAUCCGUUCUUACCCUGUGGAGACUUGCUGGCUGAGAUUCUCAAGACACCCCUAGUGUAUAGUCUCCGCUUCUUUUUUGGCUCCACAUAUGAAAGGUACAGUGGAGGACUCCCACUGCCUCGAUCCUGUGUGCCUGUUGUUCUGUCAGAAUUGACCGAUAGAAUGACAUUCACGGAGAGGGUGAAAAAUGUAAUCUACAUGAUUUAUUUUGACUUUUGGUUCCAAACAUUUUAUGAGAAGAGGUGGAAUCAGAUUUACAGUGAAGUAUUAGGAAGACCCACAACACUCACAGAGACUAUGGGGAAGGCAGAUAUCUGGCUCAUUCGAACCUACUGGGAUUUGGAAUUUCCUCACCCUGUCUUACCAAAUUUUGAUUUUGUUGGUGGACUCCACUGCAGACCUGCCAAGCCCCUGCCUAAGGAAAUAGAAGAAUUCGUCGAGUCUUCUGGAGAACACGGUGUCGUGGUGUUUUCUCUGGGGUCCAUGGUGGCUAACCUAACAGAAGAAAGGGCCAACGUGAUGGCAGCAGGCCUCGCCCAAAUUCCACAGAAGGUUCUUUGGAGAUUUGAAGGCAAGAAGCCAGAUACCUUGGGCUCCAACACGCGGCUGUACAAAUGGAUCCCGCAGAAUGAUCUUCUAGGUCAUCCAAAAACCAGAGCUUUCACAACUCAUGGUGGCACCAAUUGCAUCUAUGAGGCGAUCUACCAUGGCAUCCCUGUGAUUGGCAUACCUUUGUUUGCAGACCAAUAUGAUAAUAUUGUUCAUAUGAAGGCCAAAGGAGCAGCUGUUAGACUGGACUUUCUCACAAUGUCCAGUACUGAUUUGCUCAAUGCAUUGAGGACAGUCACUAAUGACCCUCCUUAUAAGCGGAACGCCAUGCGCUUAUCAAGAAUUCACCACGACCAGCCAGUGAAGCCCCUGGACAGAGCUGUCUUCUGGGUUGAGUAUGUCAUGCGCCACAAAGGAGCCAAGCACCUUCGCCCGGCUGUCCAUGACCUCAGCUGGGUCCAGUACCACUCUCUGGAUGUGAUUGGAUUCCUACUGGCCUGUGUGGUGACUGUGAUCUUUGUCAUCACAAGGUACUGCCUAUUCUGUUGCCAGAAGUUUGCGAAAGCAGGAAAGAAGGAGAAAAAGCAGUAGCUGCGCUGGCACAGACUGACGCAUGUGCCUCCUCCAGGACAUUGCUUCAACGGAAGCCAAGAUGGCAGCCUCCUUUACCCUGUGACGAGACAACUUUCCUCUCCUUGACUCACCAAAUCACAGUAUGACUUCCAGAAUUUUAAUACUUAAUUACAAGUUAGAAAUAUUUUUGGCUACUUCCAAAACUAGAAAGAAGCAAAGACCAAAGUAUAUUUGUGCCUCUUAGUGACCCUUCACAGCAGUGGGACACUGUGAUACCCUUCCAUUUGGUUUUGUAGAGCAGUGGUAUGCCACACCCACGCCAGUGUCGCCAUAGUAGCAUAAACUACAGGGCGGGGAUAUGAUUUCCCCGGAAAUAAUGCCCCCUGGAAGGUCCCUGGCAAACUCAUCCCACUUGGAAAAGAGACGUGUUCUGAGAUUUCUACGCUUCUUCAGUUGUGGCUCUGGGGCUGGAAUAAUGAAUUCUUUGAUCUUUCCCUGUGACACCUGAAACAGCACAACUAACUUUAUCAAGAAAUUUAUUAUUAGUAGAUUGUUAAAGGCUUUAAUAAAAAUAAGUUUAAGGAAAGUAAUGAAUUAAAUUUAGUAUUAAUAGGCAUUAAAAAUAGUAAAAUAAUAAUAGGCUCCUUCUUAAGAAAUAAUAGCAUGAGAGGUACAGCUGGCAGGAGUUUCCCCCUCCCUUCAGUGCCUUGUUUCUAGAGAAGAUCAUAAAUCUUGGGCAAGACAUAUGGGAGGAGGGUUAACAAAGGUGUAGUUAGAUUUUGAUAUAGAGAGGGACUUUGGCAGGCAUCUGACUUAGCUCCUGACUUUCCUCUUCAUUGGUUAGCAAUAAUGAAACUAUAUUUGAGGUUUCUUUUCCUUUGUUUGCUCUGAUCAAAAAGUUUUUAGGCCAAGAUUAUUCGUGGGUACUGCUUUAUGUUUGAGUGCAUUUUAAGUUAAAAUGUAAACUUUGUAUUCUUGGUAAAAGUCUGAAUAUUCUGGGAAUUUUAAGGCGCCUUUUGUGAAAUCAUUAUAAAAAUACUAGCUUGAUUUCAGUAAAGUUGCAGCAGAGUCAAAACCA